CCCUUCAAAUUUCUGUUUCUCUGUUUCUCUCUCUCUCUCUCUCUCUAAUGGAAAACCGAUUCAAGUUACGAAUCUCCCGCAUGUUUCGUGCCUCAUUUGGCUCGUGCCGGUCCCGAAACAUAUCGGACGUGAUCGAAAAAGCCGUUUUCUCCCCUCAAAAACACAAAAACUUCCACAUGAUAGAGCCUUUAUCUCCAAAAGCUCGACCCUUCCCUUCCAUUUGCAAACCUAGAUGCCCAGAAGCAACUAACAUGAUCGUUGAUCAAGGUUGCUUUGACACUCUUCCCAGACGUAAAGUGUCAGAGCAAUACUCUCCUUUCGUUUUAGCAGCUAGUGAUGGACGCAUGUGCCCUCCUGCCUCGCCCAUCUCGCCACUGAAUCCAUUUUAUUAUGAGUAUAAACAGUUUGGAUUCAAAGAGAAAGAGAAAGAUUCUUCGAAAAACAAGAAAAAGAAAAGGAGCCACGUGAAAAAGACUAGUAAGAAGAGAGAUAAUAACAUGUGUACUUUUAGCUCAUCUUCUCAAGAUAGUUUUAAAUAUGGAAGUUGGUGGUUUAGCAGUGAUGAUGAAAGAGAAGAUGAGUCUGAGACGCUUUUCUCUUCAAGAAGUCUCUCUUCAGACUCCUCUCAUGAGUCUAUCCAGCACCAACGUUCUCGCCGGAAAAAGCGUGGAACUCGCCGUCAAAGAGCCGCUUCGAAGAGUAACGAUCAAAUAGGUAUGUUGCCACUAUCAGAAGGAAAAGUGAAAGAUAGCUUUGCCGUGGUGAAGAGUUCAAGUGAUCCAUAUAAUGACUUCAGGACAUCAAUGGUCGAGAUGAUUGUGGAAAAGCAUAUAUUUGCAGCCAAGGAUCUUGAGCAGCUCUUACAGUGUUUUCUAUCUCUCAACUCGUAUCAUCACCAUAGGAUUAUUCUUGAGGUUUUUACAGAGAUUUGGGAAGCUUUGUUCACUCUCUAACUUUUUUUUUUUUUUUCAAAGAAAACUCU